UCCGCGGUGUCACGUGUCCACGAGCCAACGGGAAGCUUGACCCCUCACGGUGGUGGAGGAACCGCCAUAUUUUCUCGUGGUUUCGUCGUGAAAGUUGGACGAUGUGAGGUGUCAGUUUGAUAUGCAGUAAUCUAAAUUAAUGUGAGUGUGUAAUAAUAAACCAGUAAAUGGUGCGAUCAUGGCAAAAGGAGGUAACAGUUUGAACAACAAACGUUCGAGGAACGCCAAGCCCUACGACGCAAACAACUCUUUCGUGAAAAAAGUCGCUACGAAAGUCACAGAUCUGAUACCGCAGAGAUCGUGGAUAAGCAAAUGGUUUAAUUCGUCGCAAGAUAAUGGCGAAAUGUUAAAUGAUGAGGAGAACCUCGAGGGCUCUGAGAAUGAGCAGGAGUCACAGCAACCUCCGCCUUCAAAGCGGCCACGGAUUCGUAUGGAUGUAACUCACCCCCCCGGAACAUUCAAUAUACAGCCAAGAAGUAGAAUUCCAGAUAAUGAGGAGGUCGACCCUCGAAAAGAAGAUUACAUUAUCCACAAUGAAACUACAACCGAUUUCCUAGAACCUUCAGUAGCCGGAACUAGUGGGGUUCGUCGUCUAGUGGCAUCGACGCCUGCAAUCCAAUCAGAAAUUGGCAGUACGAGCAAUCAAAGGAACAGGACAAAGUUCAUUUCGUUAACAUCGCCACAAAAUAACGGUACGGCUAAUGGAACAGACGAUAAUUCAGAGUCCAGUGAGAGCACAAGCGGAUGCAGCUCUCUCAUACCACAAGUCAACAGGCAAGAAGCACCCUCAAGUCUGGGGUACAACAGAUCGUCAACAAACAGAAAGAGAUACAAUGAAGAUAAACUAAACUAUACAAAUCACCUACAGUCCCCACGGUCCCUGUUUUUGGAUAGCAAUCCUAGGGAUUCGUUGAGCAGUCGGAAGCCGAGCUUCAAUGUGUCAAUAAUGAAUAAUUCUCUUGAACGAGGACAGUCCUCGUCUCCGUUUUACAACGGCAAUACCACAUUUGGAGGAGCCAACAUGGCAGGAUUCCAACGCCGAGGACGUACGUUGUUCAAUAGUACAAAUGAACUUCAAUUGAAAGUACCAAACCGAACCAACAUUCAAGUAAAGUCACCAAAUGUAACUGGUACCGAUUCAUCAGCCAUGAGUCAAACUGCUAAAAGGAUAUUGGAAGCACUGGAGCAUUUUUCAUCCCCCAUAUUGGAUGCUAAAAAAAUUCCCAUGAAUGCAAACAAUAGCUCGUCUCUGAUCGGUGGCAGGAAACGGCAGAGGGAGGAAGGUUGUGCUCCCUUGGCUCGGGUAGGUCUGCGUCAUUUGACUAGGGAACUUACCGUACCUACAGUGCCAGAUCUCCUGAAGCUUAGACGUAGACAGAGAUUACAAGACACCACAGUAGCGGCUAGGAGAAUCGUUUCGGCUCGCAGUGCCCCUCCACCAUCUCCCCAGGAAUACAGAUUGAGAUCGGACGAUGAAGAGAAGUCUAAAUACUCGGGCAAGGUUAAAAGUAAAGGUAAAACCGACUUGGAUCAAGACUAUGUGACCGAUGCAGUCAACUUACCAAGCGUUACGCUGCCUAUUAGUACUUUACCAACUUUUGAUAUAAAGCUACCAGUAAUCACCAGUAACAUGGCCAAAGGAGUGAAAGAUGAAUUAUUCAAGUUCUCUAGCCCAAUAAAAGUGACGGACACGACUAGGAAUUUAAAAUCUAUCAAUAACUUUACCUUCAGCAAACCAAUCAAUGCCAGUGUUAAAGAAUCCGCAGAGGGUGGUCAUUCACUUUCGAGAACUUUGAGUUCAGAAUCUGAUACUUUGCCAGCUAGAUUUUCGUCUAGUAAUAAUUUCAUGUGGUCCAAGACCUCGACAGCCCCGAAAUUGAAGGAAAAACCCAAAGAGGACGUGGUUGUGGAUGGAAUCAAAACGUCCAGUAAGUUAAAAACAGGCAGCGUUAUGGAUGUUUUGGGAAAGAAAUCAGACCUACUUACAGAUGCCAACAAACCUGUAGUUGGCAUGUGGGAAUGUAACCAGUGUUUGUUGAAGAACAACCAACACGAGCCUCAGUGCAUUGGUUGUAAAGCUUCCAAGUCACUUUGCAAAGGUGAAAAGACAACAGAACAUACACCGGAAUCGUCACCACUUACCGUUACACAGUCCAAGCCUGUGACCACCGAUUGUUUCGGAUCACAGUUCAAAAUGAGCGGCAAUCAUUGGGAGUGCCCCAAUUGUGCAACAUCGAACAAACAAACUGAUGUCAAAUGUACGUUGUGCGCUAUGUCUAAAUCUGAAAGCAUUAAGGCUCCGACUAUCGGUUCUACAUCCAGUAUUGUUCCUGAAUCAGUAAAAUCCGAUUUAAUGGAAAAAUUUAAACCUCCUGAAGGAUCGUGGGAAUGUCCUGGUUGUAUGCUCCGAAAUCAUUCAUCUGUCGAAACUUGCCCUUGCUGCAACGCUUCAAAGCCUGGCUCCCUCAAGAUCAGCCCUAAAAGAGUACCUGCCACAUCAGAAUUGUUGACUACCAUUUCGAAUCCCGGUGGAAAUCAGUUGGCCAAUAACACUGAUUCUGUGGAGAAAACAAAGUCGACCAAUGAAGAUUUAUGGGAGUGCUUGAAAUGUAAACAGAAAAAUUCUAGAGCCACUUUAAUCUGUCCAUGUUUUAGUACUUCGAAAUCCGAUUCUACAAGUACACCGGCGUUAGGAUUUGGUGACAAGUUUAAGAAACCUGAGGGAGCUUGGACGUGUGACGAUUGCAUGGUACAGAAUAAAGCAGACGUUAUCGAAUGCGUAGCUUGUAGUGCUGUGAGACCCGGUUCAAAGAAGAUAGCAAAAUCAACGUCAGCCACAGGUAGUGGGUCGAAUGUACAGUUCAGUUUUGGAGUACCCGAGAAUGCUGGAGGUUUCAAAUUUGGAAUUGACAAAAGUGAUGAAAAAGUUGACGCGAAUAAGCCUGUCCCUUCGUCGACAGGUUUUACCUUUGGCGCUAAGACAGACUCACCCAAAGCUGGCGGAUUUACCUUUGGUGUACCUCAGAAUUCUUCAGGAUUCACGUUCGGUGUUGUGGAUAAUGAGAAAAAUAAAUUAGAACAGAAAUCGGACACUAAGGAAACUGAUGCUGUUCAAAAUGUGUCGAAAAAACGUUCAUUGAAUGUCGAAGAACCGAAGAAUCAAGCUCCGUUCUCAUUUGGUAUACCCAAAACGGAAGAGGCAAAAUCAUCUCCAGAAAAACAAUUUGCAUUUGGAGCGCAACCAGUAGCUAACACUACUACAAAGCAAUCAUUUUCCUUUGGAGCGGUGAAAACUGAGGCACCUGUUAACAAAAAAGACACAUUACCAGAAGUUUACAUAACUGUUUCAAACACAGAAUCCCAGAAAUUAAAUUUUUCAGCACCAACUAGCGACGCUCCAGCAGCAAUCUUGGCCAAUGAUCAAUCUAGUUCAAUAACAACAAAAUUAUCCAUCAAUACAGAUAUUACCAAAUCUGUAGAAAAUCCCACAUUUGACACAAUAAAUGUGCCUGUUUCACUUAGCAGUGGGUCAACAGUUACGACAACCGCAGCCAGCGUCCCGACGCCCGGACUCUUCACGUUUGGUUCUGCAACGACGAUUCCAAAUCAACCGACGACAGUUCCGAGUCAAGUGGUGCAAAGUUUUGGUCAAAUUCCAGUAUCAGCUCCAACAUCAGUGCCGACGCCUUCAAUGUUUGUUUUCGGAUCCACCAAGCAGGCGAGUACAAUAGCCGCCACGACACAUCCUGAUAAAUCUGAAAUUGUAUCUUUUGGCUCGACCAAUAGCCCUGCGUUUAAUGCCAUCACUUCCGCGCCACGUUUCGAAGGUAACGAAAAUAAGCAAGCACCGUCGUUUGGCAUGACGGACAACAAGCCUGCCCCGCUUUUUGGAGCGGGCGAAACAAAGGCUCCAGUUUUUGGAGCUGCUCAGGAUAAUAACAAAAUGAUACCAGCGUUUGGAAGUAUCAAAAAGACAGCAUCAACAUCAGUGUUUAACUCCACAACGCCAGCAUUUGGAGUCUCUUCUUCUACCCCUGCAUUCGGAACUGCAGCCCCGGCGUUCGGAACAACGUCCACACCUGCAUUUGGAACCAAUCCGACACCGAGUAUUUUCGGGACGUCGAAACCAGUGGAAACUGCACCGUCUUCCACUUCUGGGUUGUUUGCAUUUGGCGGAAGUUCUACUCAACCUAGCGCGUCUCAAGCUUCCAGUGGAUUCAAUUUCUCGCAAAACCCAACUCCGGCGUCUGUGCAACCUAUGGCUCAAAAAUCUUUGUUCGCAUUUGGAAAUACUAGCACCAACACACAGCAGUCUGACGGUACCGGGUUUGGAGCUGCCGCCAACUUCAAUCCACCUGCCGCCUCGGAUACAACUGCGGGAACUUUUGUAUUCAAUACUCCCAAGCCGGACGCAGCCCCACCAUUUUCCCUAAUUGCGCCUACUUCCACAUCGAUAUUUGGCACUCCUCAGGCUGCUCCUAGUUUUGGUCAGAGUCAAUCAACGUCGGCGUUUGGUUCUGUGGCUCCGACUCCCAAUGCCGGUUUCAACUUUGGAAGCUCCGCUACUCCUGCGCCUUCCGGAUUCAACUUUGGUGGAGCAGCAACAGCUGCUGCGCCUACUGGCGGUUUUCCAUUCAACGCACCGAACUCGAAUCAGGGUGUUGCCUUCAAUCCCAACACGCCACCGACAUUCAACUUCACUGGAGGCAGUGCACCAACAGCAUUCAAUGCUGUACCUCAGACUAUACCUCAGGCUACAACCCAGGCAACACCGCAAAGAAAAUUCAAAAAAGCAGUUCGGAGAACACAGCCUCGGUAGACGAGGAGUGUAACGCACAUGCGAUUGUGUCGGUACUGUAUAAUAAAUUAACUAAAAAAACUUAUGAAAUUUAUUACAUCAGUGUGGGUGAAAUGCCAAGCAUUCGUGUAAAAAUAUACCUAAGAACAUUAAACAAACUAAUUAAAAAGGAAAAAAAAAAAAAAAAACCAUUCAACCAGAAAUGUGCUCGAAUAGCUACGACGACGACGAUCACGACAACUACGACGACUAGGACAACCACUUGUGUUCCGCGCAGCAAGAACUAAUGUAUAAAUUAUUUAAAUAAUGUCUACGAUAACAAUCGGCAGAAGUAAUAAGCUUUCAGUUUUGGCAUGAAGCCAGUUUUUACCGAUGCAGACAAGCCGUGACGCGAUACGUGUAUCGUUACGCCGAGUUUGCUUUGACGUGUUUUCUUUUUUUUUUCUCUCUCUCUCCUUCAUUUUUCUGUUUGCUUUAUCCUUGAUUCUUUUUUGCAAUUAAUUUUACGCAGGUUUCUAGAUGAAGGAAGCAAAAAAGAAAUUGGAAAGAAAACUCAAAAAGUCAAGGAUAACAAUUAUGAAACAUGAUACGACAGGGCAAAAUUAAUUUUGCUGAAAACGGUGAAACUUACAAUAUAUAUAUAUAUAUCUCUUAUUGUAAGAGAUUCACAGAGCUAAGCACAGAAGAAUUGCAUGCAAUUAAUACGAGACGAUAGGCAGGAGCGUGUAUCAGGCAACCUGCUCAGGUAAGUAUAAGUCAUUCGCGUAACUCACGACAAAGUGGGUCCCAGUGAAAAACUCGACAUGGGUAUUUUUUUGUUUUUUUCUUAUAAUGUACCUUGCGACGGUGAGAUAUGAAAUAUGAAAAUAAAAAUAUGCAUAAUUAUUUAACUAUUGAUCGUUUCGUGGUUUUCACUUUUCCUGCUAUCAUCGUCUGUUGUCUCAAGUACUAAUCAUAUGUAUGUAUAUUAAAGUCUGUUAUAAAGAAGAGAAAAUAUGUCGUGAGUUCAGCGAAUAAAAUAUAAACCGGAAUACCAUCAUAUAUAUAUAUAUAUGUAUAGGUAUAUCGAUUCGCAAAAUAUCCGAUAUCCAUAUUUUUAGUUAGGUAGUAUCGCGGUCAGUUUUAACAAUAUUCGGUAAAAUUGGCCCACGCAUAGUGUAUCAUAAAUACACUUGGAGGAAAAAAAAAAAAGUGGCAUUCAGAUAAAGUACAAACGAAUUACGAUUACCAAAAAAGAAGGGGGGGGGGGGCGUUUUGUGUCAUUUGUGUAGUCGAGAUUGUAUAUUUUUCUUAUAUAUAAAAUGAAAAGAAAAACGGAAGACUAAUGAUGAAUUGUUGAUGAAAACUAUUAAGAUAAUAAUUCUGAAUGCCCCUUUGUUAGUAAUUUAAGUAUAAUAAUAAUAAUAAAAAAAAAAAACUAUGUUGUGUGUUUUAUCAUAGGAUGAAUGAAGGAUAAUCAAAGUGUGUAAGGUCAACCUAAAUGAUAACAAUAAGUAAAAAAAAAAAAGAAAAAAAAAACAAACAAACAAAAAAAAACAAAACAAAAGACCAUGGGACUUCUAAAAUAGUAUUUAUAUUUUUUAUUUUCUAUUCUUACAAUCAGUAAACCAACCGGCCGAAUGAGCAACUAGAUUUAUUUAAGAUAUCUAAUCCCUUUCCUCUUUGUAAUUAUCUUUUUCGUUUUUCUUACUCUGAAAUAAGGUAGGAUAUAAGUAGGAGACAAAAAAAAUUAUUCUUUUUUAGCAACGAGAAGAAACAAAAAGAGAACUUGCCGAAGUUAAUUAUGUAAAAUCGUAAAAUCUAAAUCCUUGCAGAGGUCCCAAGGUGCUGGAUAAAGUAGUUAGCCAAUGUAAUGGUGAUUAAUGAAUCAAUAUUCAGCCAUAUAAUACAUUUUAUUUAAUAAUAAGUAUAGCGUUAUGUCUACAUAUAAUAAUAAUAAUAGUAAUGGUAAUAAUAAUAAUACGACUUAGGUUUAAGGUAUAAUGACAGUGGCCAGUAAUAACUCGGCACAUUUUAUAUGACUCGGCCAUGUAGCAUGUAGGUUUGAAAAGAAGAAAAUGCAAAACCCUGUUAUACAUUGUUGUGCUAUAAUUCAUUGUUAUAUAUUUUUUACACCUAAGUUUUAGGACGUAAUAAUACACACACACACACACACACCCAUCCCAAAAAAAUAUAAAAAAUUGAAGUUCUUAGUUCUUGUAACAAUAUUAUAAUACAGUGAAUGUUAAUAUCGCGUGUCUCUCAACUCUCAGUAAUAUAUAUUCAUAUAUAUUACGAUAAGCUUUUAACCAUCCGUACUCAAUACGCAUUUGCACAAGGUGACACACCGUGAAACAGACGAGAGAUUUGUGUGUUCGGAAAGGAAAAAGAAAAAAUAAUAACAAUUUCUAUUUCUCAUCUACCGUACUUCCAUUCCAGUUUAUUAAUUCAAUGAUUGGACCAUUCUUCAAACAGUGUAUAUACAUCAUUUAAAAUAGUUGUCACGUUAGUAGCAUGUUGUUUCCGAGUCUGUAGACUUUAAUAUUAUUUCAUGCCAGGUUCAAUAUUCGAUACUCGGUCUUAUAAGUCUUCGUUUUUUUUUUAGUAGAAAACGAAAUACAUGUAUGUUAUCAGGAUGUUUCAUUCCUUCAUCUACUUCAUCUACUACGUCUUUGGUUGUGAAAUCGUGGAUAUCGAUUGAUUUUAAAACUCAUUUUUUACUUUACGUGGAAACAAUUUGAAGAAUUUACGUACUCUGCAAAUAAGUGAGAAGAUCACUCUUUCUACGUUUCUCAUUAAUUGUAGUAUUAUGUCAUAGCAAAGUUGCUAGCAACGUGAUUAAGUAUAAAUUUACUUGGCAACUGUACGUUAAGACCGGCUAUGAUCCAGGCUUUUUCAUCAAUCAUUGAAAUACAUGGACUGAAGAUCGGAAAUACCUGAUUUACUUCUAAAAAUAUAUAUAUAUAUAUGUAUAUCUAUAUAUAUAUAUAUAAUAGAAGAUAACAUAUUAGUACUAUAGAUAUAAAUGACGAAUAAAAGAAGUUAAAAAAGUAAAUAAAUAAAAUAAAAUAAAACAAACAACUUGCUGGUAAAGUGACAAUGAGCCGAGUUAUUAACUAGCGACACUGUCUUAAGAAGAAAGAAAAAGAAAAUAAUAAACUGUGAACAUUCUCUGUAUAGGCUGUGUCCUCCGUUUGUAAACGUGAAAAGUAUAAUUUAACGUUGUACAAACGGAUUUCGAAAUUAUUCAAUUAUAUUUACCGUCGUGUGCCAGGAAUACGUAUGCAUUUAAUAAUUUUUCAAUUAUACAUAUACGGCCUUAAAGUUUUUUAACGACAAAGAAAGAAAGAAACAAAACAAAAAAAAAAAAAAAAAAGAAAAAAAAGAAAGAAAAUGCAAACGUAUUUACUUUGGGGGUAUUAUUGAAUUAUCUAAAUAAUGAAUUUUAUUGGAAUUGUUUUAUAGCGUUUUAUACUCUCAUCUAGCGUCUAGGGAAAAUUUUCCUGUUUUAUAUAAUUAUAACGCAUAGUAAGAAAAUGUAUGAUAAUUUUGAAAAUUAUUAGAAGUAGAUACGCAACAGAUUGAUAUUAUACUGGCAACUUUAACAUUUAAAAUCACUUUGAAUACAGAAGAAAUACCGACCGUUGGAAAGAUUUUCUUUUUUCGGAUGUGAUUGUAAAACCGGUGUACAUUCUUGUUGUUGUUGUUGUUGUUGUUGUUGUUGUGUUUUUUUUUUUUUUUUGUUAAUUUUUUUUUUUUUUAUGAUUUAUUUAGUCAAAGACAACGUAACUUUCUACCUGUGGAUGUACACGGAGUAUAGAUUGACGUUGUUUAUCUCAGCAUUUUUUAAACUGUAUAUCGAGAGUUUGUUAUGAAAUAAGUCCAAUGAAUGAUUGAAGAAAACAAAGAGAAAAACGAAAGAAAGAAAGAAAAAUCUAAUGAUUAUAUUGUGGGAGAAUGUUCACCGUACGCUUAUAGUUAUGUGUAAAAAGUUUUCAUUUUUUCCCCGAACCAUAGGAUAAAGUAGACAACAGUGUUAAUAAAAUGUUCGGUGUUUCUCAACUGAAAAAUGGUAUAGCGGUUAAAAUAUCGAACACAAAGACAAAUGAUGUAAUAUUAACGAAAAAAAAAAAAAAAAACAGGAAACAAUAAAAGAGGCAACAUUUUUUAUUUUCUGCAAUAACAUGACAAUGUGUGUUGAAAAAAAAAAAAAAGAAAGCGAAAGAAAAAAACUUGAAGUCAUACGCAGGUCAUGUAUUGAAACAAAUAAUAGUCGGAUCUAAAUUAAGAAUAUGGUUCUAUAAUUUUUGCAAUUUCUUAGGUUCCGUCAUGAGAAAUGUUCUGAUUCUAUUCAUAGAUUUUAUUUUACCCUGCUUAGCUAUGAAUAUAUAUUACGAUUAUAGUAAUUGUAUUCCGCCCGAUUAUAAAAACAGUAUAUAUAUAUACCAGAUGUAUUGAACAGCGGUGAAAUAAUUAUAAUAACAAUAAUAAUAGUAAUAAUAAAUAAUGGUAAUUAUAUAAAUUUCUAGAGUUAGUCGAUAAUGAUUCUAUGUUAAUUACUGAUUUAACAAUGAACUGAAGUAAUAUGUAUGUAUAAUCGGAAAAAUAACGGAAGAAAAUUUUACAAUUUGCAAAAUUAUAUAAACAUUUCUGUGUUACGCUUCCAAUGAAGAUUUCUAAUGUACAUCAUUCAUUAUCUCAUAUACAUAUUAUAACAUCCGACAAAGAGGUAGCUUUUCUGGUUGCGCAAAAGGAAACCUUUCAUCAUUUUUAAUUUCGAACUUAAUUUUCUUUCUCAUUCGAUUUGUUUAAAUUAUUAUUAUACAUAUUUUUCUUUUCUUUUUUUUUUUUACUUCCGUUUUGUUUUCAAUCUGAAGGACGAUAUGAAAUACACACUGAGACGCAAGAAAGUAUCCGAAGUUAAAUGAAUGGAAAAAAAAACAAAAAAAAACAAAAAACAAAAAAAAAACCAACAUAAAUACAG